AUGUCUCGUAGUCGCGACUCUCUCACCCAAGGUGAAAAAUCUCUUCAAGAUCAGUCCAAUCUGCUGCCGCGAAAGCAGCUCAUUCUCUGCCUGGGGAUUGUCUCUCUCGCGCAGCUCAUCUCCUUCAUCGAUCAAAAUGGUAUUUCUACUGCUCUGCCUACCAUCGCCGCCGACCUGGAUGCCCGCAACACGAUCUCAUGGGCUGGAACCGCAUCCCUUCUGGCCAACACGACCUUUCAAAUGCUCUAUGGGAGGCUGUCAGAUAUAUUUGGUCGCAAGACUAUCUUCAUCUCGGCUAUCCUGCUACUCGCGAUCGCAGACUUAGUAUGUGGCUUGAGUAGGAACGCGACCAUGUUCUAUGUCUUCCGUGGAGUCGCGGGAAUCGGCAGCGGGGGCAUCACCAAUCUUGCCAUGAUCAUCACUUCCGAUGUUGUUACCCUGGAACAAAGAGGGAAAUACCAGGGGAUUAUCGGAAGUAUGAUCGGUCUGGGCAGUGUCACUGGACCCUUCCUAGCAGCGGGUUUUGUCUCGCGGUCGACCUGGAGAGGGCUGUUUUGGCUUCUGACACCGCUCGGAUUAUUGAAUGCCCUGGUCGCAUUUAGGUUCCUGCCGUCGAAGAAUCCGACUACGACCUUCAAAGAUGGUAUGAAGAAAGUUGAUUACCUGGGCGUUUUGACGUCCUCGGUCGGAACGAUCUUUCUGCUGAUUCCCAUCUCUGGAGGCGGCGCAUAUUUCGCCUGGAGCUCACCGCUGGUGAUCAGCAUGCUUGCCAUCGGCACUUCAUCGUUGGUUUUAUUUGUUGUUGUUGAAUGGAAGUUUGCUAAAAUCCCCAUGAUGCCAGUUGCUGUCUAUGGCAGUCCCGCAAUAGUCAUUCUGCUGGCUCAGAGUUUCCUUCUCGGGGCUGUGUACCAAUCAACGGUUUACUACAUUCCUCUUUACCUCCAAAAUGCUCAUCAGUACUCUGCAAUUGUUUCUGCUGCGAUUUUCUCUUCACUUGCCGGGAUUCAGGCCAUCAUGUCGGCACUCUCCGGCAUCUGCAUCACACGAUUUAAAAACUACGGGCAAGUCAUCCGAUUCGGUUUUGCGAUGUGGACGCUCGGCGCAGGGCUCAUGCUAAUAUUCGGGAUAGAUACCGAUCCCGGUGUCCUCGUCAUUGUCCUCCUUAUAGCCGGGGUCGGUGUAGGCUGUGUAUUCCAGCCGAUGCUAGUGGCUUUGCAAGCGCACUCAACAAAAGCCCGACGCGCAGUCAUCAUUUCAAAUCGCAAUUUCAAUCGCAGCGCUGGCGGCGCAUGCGGUCUCGCCAUAUCGGCGGCUGUUUUGCAGGCGCAACUUCGGUCGACUCUCCCGACCCAGUACUCAAGUCUCGCAGACUCGCCAUAUUCUUUGCACAAUCUCAACGCCUCUAUUCCCGCACCUGUACUGGAUGCAUAUAUGGCUGCCAGCCACCUGGUUUUCAUCGUACAAGUCCCGCUGAUUGGUGUAUGCUUUUUAGGUUCCUUGUUUGUCAAGGACCGAGGGUUGGCACCUUUGGAUCAGAAGCCAACGCCAAUCAAUAUGCCGCCGGUUGGCAUAGAACCCGGGGUACCACAGAAAACCAACGGAGAGCUACGACAAACCGAGUCUCAUCACGCAAAGGCCCACGAGGGUCAAAGCGAUGUGUCGCAAAGCAAGGAUAAAAAGUCUUAG